GGCAACAUUGUUUCCGCAAGAACUGUCUGCUCGCUGUUCUUAGCUCGGAUCCGUUAUUUCCACGUCCCCGGUCAUCUCCGGUGAGGUCAUCGUGGAGGUGGGCGUACGUGGGCGAGGCCAGCAGCUCUGCAGCCUGCAGCCUGCUGUCUGCAGAGCUGCCGUCUGCUGUCUGCUGGAGAGGGAGUGAAAGUUUGGAGAGCAGAGGACGAAAAGGAAAGUGUUUGUGGCCAGCAGUCCCUCCAUACUGGACUGCGUUCUGCCUGUUGCUGCAGCCCACAGGAGAGACCUGGUCUCAGAGGGGACAGACCCCGGCACAGAAGAAAAGUUCAUCCAAAAUGCCCAAUCCGUGGUGCCUGCACUGCUGCGCACUCUUUCUGAUAGUGAUCAUCCAGCUGACUCUUGCUCAGUAUGAACACCUCGGCUACCCGACAGGAUACACGGACCAAGAGUACGAGCAGUACAGUGCUCCUCAGCUGUCACCAGACACGCCCAGGAUCCAGCUCCGGCUGGCAGGGGAGAAGCGGAAACACAACGAGGGCCGCGUGGAAGUUUUCUACAACAAUGAAUGGGGCACCGUGUGUGACGAUGACUUCACCAUCCACACGGCUCAGGUGGUCUGCAGGGAGCUGGGCUACGUGGAGGCCAUCUCAUGGUCACCGUCCUCUAAAUAUGGAAAAGGACAAGGUCCCAUCUGGUUUGAUAAUCUCCACUGCACGGGCAAAGAGAAAACCCUGGCUCUGUGCCCCUCUAAUGGGAUCGGUGUUUCAGACUGCAAACACAGUGAAGAUGUAGGCGUGGUCUGCAGUGACAAGAGGAUCCCAGGGUUCAAGUUUAUCAACACUCUGCCCAACCACAUCGAGAAUCUUGAUAUUCAAGUUGAAGACGUGCGGAUACGAGCCAUCCUGUCAUCGUAUCGUAAGCGAAUCCCUGUCACGGAGGGUUAUGUGGAGGUCAAGGACGGUGGUAAAUGGAAGCAGAUCUGUGACACUGAGUGGACGCAGCUCAGUAGUAGAGUCAUCUGCGGCAUGUUUGGCUUCCCUGGAGAAAGAAAGUACAACGCUAGAGUCUACAAGAUGUACGCACGUCGAAGAAAGCCGGCGUACUGGGACUAUGCUGUGAACUGCACUGGCAAUGAAGCCCACCUGUCCAGCUGUAAGCUGGGUCAAGCUCCAUCUCUGAAGUCCAACGAGAGCUGUGCUGGAGGGCUGCCUGUGGUGGUGAGCUGUGUGCCUGGUCGGGCCUUCGCUCCAACACCCAUGACCGGAUUCAGAAAGGCCUUUCGACAGGAGCAACCCUUGGUUCGUCUCCGGGGCGGGGCCAUUGUAGGUGAGGGCCGAGUGGAGGUGUUGAAAAAUGGAGAGUGGGGCACAAUAUGUGAUGACAACUGGAACCUGGUGUCUUCCACUGUGGUGUGCCGAGAGCUGGGCUUUGGGACGGCAAUUGAAGCGCUCUCUGGAGGUCGCUUCGGACAAGGUAUGGGCCCGGUGCACAUGAAUGAAGUGGAGUGCUCUGGAUUUGAAAAGUCCAUCACAGAGUGUUUCUUCAACAAGGAGGUUCUUGGUUGCAGUCAUGAGGAGGAUGCAGCUGUCAGAUGCAACAUUCCUGCGAUGGGCUUUCAGGAGUCGCUGCGUCUGAGUGGAGGUCGCAACCCCUUUGAAGGUCGUGUGGAGGUGCUGAUACCAAGCAAUGGUUCUCUCGUGUGGGGGACAGUAUGCAGUGAAGGCUGGGGGAUCAUGGAGGCCAUGGUGGUCUGCAGACAGCUUGGACUGGGCUUUGCCAGCAACGCCUUCCAGGAGACGUGGUAUUGGCCGGGCCAGGUGAGUGCUGACGUCGUGGUGAUGAGUGGAGUUCGUUGCUCUGGUACUGAGAUGUCACUGUCUCAUUGCCUACACCAUGGAGCCCACCUCAGCUGCCCUAAAGGAGGCGGACGCAAUGCUGCCGGAGUGUCCUGUUCUGAGACUGCCCCUGACCUGGUGCUGAACCCGCAGGUGGUGGAGCAGUCCACCUACAUGGAAGACAGGCCCAUGUUCAUGUUGCAAUGUGCAUAUGAGGAGAACUGUCUGUCCACCACCUCCAACCAGGCUCCAGCCAACUCCUACCGCCGCCUGCUGCGCUUCUCCUCUCAGAUCCACAACAACGGCCAGUCGGACUUCCGGCCCAAAGCCAGCAGAAACUCUUGGGUGUGGCAUGACUGUCACAGGCAUUACCACAGCAUGGAGGUGUUUACGCUCUAUGACCUUUUCAGCCUCAAUGGAACUAAAGUGGCGGAGGGACACAAAGCAAGUUUCUGCCUGGAGGACUCAGAGUGUGAUGAAGGGAUUGAAAAGAGGUACGAAUGUGCCAACUUUGGAGAGCAGGGGAUCACCGUGGGCUGCUGGGAUACCUACAGGCACGACAUUGACUGCCAGUGGAUCGACAUCACUGAAAUCAAACCCGGAGAUUAUGUCUUUCAGAUCAUCAUCAAUCCAAACUAUGAAGUCCCUGAGUCAGACUACUCCAACAACAUCCUGAAAUGCAGAUGUCGAUACGAUGGUCAUCGUGUAUGGAUGUACAGCUGCCAUAAUGGUGGAUCAUUAAGCACUGAAAGUGAACAGACUUUUCCAGGCCUCCUCAACAACCAGGUGACCCACAGGUAAAACAGCCUCCCUGUGCAAGGACACCAUCUGAAGCCAGGCCACCCUUCCCUUCGUCGUCUCCCUCCUCAACAUCAAACAUCCAGAAGCUAUCUGUCAUCCUCCGACCUCUCACUCCCACCAGAGGAAAAUAAUUGGCUUGCACUUCCUGUCCGAUACAGGCAGCUACGGCCAGACAACUUGUUCUAGGUCCUGCCUCGGAUCAAGAGAACAGCAAUGGCCUCUGUGUUCCCUGUUCCUCUUCUCCUUUGAAUGAUUGACGGCAGAGUUAGCACUGAGAGUGGGUAACCCCUUUGACAGGACGCUGCUGUUUUGAAGCCUGCCCCACAGAGUUUGGGAGAGAGUGUCAGGACAUGAACCACCAUGACAUCAUGACCACCUGUCUCAUCCCUUUAUGACAGCUCCAUCGUACAUUUGACUUUAACCCUCCUAUUAUCCUCAAAUAUUACUAACACAAUUUAUCCCUGGGGUCAAUCUGACCCCAGGGAUAUUUGCCUCCAGAAAAUGAUUUACAUAAAAUAGUUGACCAAGUUUUUGUGUCAGGCACUGUGUUUAUUUGUUGGGAAAAAAAAUAACCCCCUUAUAAUGACACCUAUCAGUGAGUUGACGCCACCAUCUGGCCAAAUUUUUAAACUAGAAUGAAUGCAUCCUGAAAAGUUUUCACACAAAUCUUCUCCAAUUUACUGACAACACUAAUGACCACAAGAGAAUGAACCUUCUUGGUUUUGGUGAUGAUAUGACCUUUCCUGUAGUGCCACCGUCAGGUCAAACUUUUAAAUUAGAAUGAACGCAUCCUGAAAAGUUUUCACACAAAUCUUCUCCAAUUUACUGACAACACUAAUGAACACAAGAGGAUGAACCUUCUUGGUUUUGGUGAUGAUAUGACCUUUCCUGUUGUGCCACCAUCAGGUCAAACUUUCAGUUAGGUCACACACACUCAGACUGACAGGUUUUACACAGCUAAAACAGCUUGGGGUCAAAUUGACCCCAGUGGAACACCAAUGCGUGCAAUGUGUUCAGCACAUUGAAAAAAUAUCAUCAUCAUGAUAAUUUUUUGCUUCAUCAGUUGUCCUCAUGGAGUUAGGAAAAGUCAUGAAAUAUGAAGCAAAACCAAAUAAGUCAACUAUUAUUUUUUGAAUGGGGUCAAAUUGACCCCAGGAAUAAUACGAGGGUUAAUGAAGCUUCUUCAUUUUCAGUUUGAUAUGUCCAGAAAGAAGUGAGAUAGAUAGAUAGAUAGAUAGAUAGAUAGAUAGAUAGAUGGAUAGAUAGAUAGAUAGAUAGAUAGAUAGAUAGAUAGAUAGAUAGAUAGAUAGAUAGAUAGAUAGAUAGAUAGAUAGAUAGAUAGAUAGAUAGAUAGAUAGAUAGAUAGAUAGAUGCUGCCUGACCUUAAUGUGUUUGUGUGUUUGCUCUCAGUGUCUGUUCUGCUGUUGGCUCAGUAUUUCUUCUGUUGUAACAUUUUUUAUAAAAAGAAUGUUUAAAUAUAUUGAAACUAUAAUUAUAAAUGUUGGUGGCCUCAGUGGGUUGGCUCAGCGCCUUCAUUGGUAGGAAGCUGUGAGUUGAGUCCUGCCUCCUGGCUUGUUCCUUUCACAGUCUGGAUGAUGUCCGUCAGUCUGUCCAUGUGUCUCCUGGUACUGGGGCGUCCUCCAUCAGUCAAAGACGUGCUUGAUGCAUUCAUUAGUUUGUCAAGUUGUCUCUGACCAUCAGUGGUCAUCAUCAGCCAUGUGAUUGAACAGCAAACUGUUGAAGGUGUGCCCAGCAAACUCUCACCCAAUGACCUAGCUGUAGACCUGUACCCCUCCCCCUCUCCACUGACUGCAGGAUGAGCAGCAGAGAUAAUAAAUGGGUUAAACAUCACGUCUGAUGUCUGUUCCAAUCACUGCUUCAUUUGGUUCCUGGGAAUAAGAAGAGCUCCUCGAGGUGCAGAUACCAGUCUGUCAGAGCGGAGAGCACACAAUGAGAAGCACUAAACGGAGUGGAUAUGAUGCCUUCUGGUCUGACAGUUUCACAUGAUAACACAUGAAAAACUGACUGUUAGCUGCCUUCUUUUUUUACAUGUUUAAAAUGUAUAACAAUGUGUAUUAAAUCCUGUUUUAUUAUAAUGUUUAUAAUGGUGCUAUCACACUCUCCUCUGUUUUCUGAGGGCAGAGUACAUGUUGAACAUCUACCCUUUGUAUAGUAACAGUAUACUUGAACUGAAUGUGACUCAUAAUGUACUUUGUGUGUUAAGUUUGCAUAAAGGUCUGAGUUAAGGAGCAACAA